UUUUUUUUAUUUUUAGUUUUUAAUAAGUCAUUUUAUUUUUAAAUAAUAAAUUUGUUUAAAAUGUUGAAAGAUUAUCUUUUAAAAAAUAAUUAUAGUGAUUUGUUGGAAAUACUUAAAGCGCCUGAUGUAUCGCGACAUUAUUCUAUUUAUGUUAAUGUGGCGAAGCUGUAUGUAGAUGACUUGGAAAUGGUUGAAAAAAUAACCAAAAGGCCGAAAAAAUUCUUGCCUUUGUGUGAUCAGUCCGCAAUCGCAGCUCAAAAAGUUAUUAUGAACGACGAUGAAAUUCCCCAAGAAGAACUUCGGCUUAAACGCAAAGUGCACAUCAGGAUAACCGGAGCACCCUGGAAAAUAAACGACGAGACUGAUGGACAGUUGGUGUCAAUCACUGGCAUAACUGUCAGAAUAUCGCAGCCCACUAUGUUGACCAAAUGUAAGCGAUAUUCGUGCAAAAAAUGCAGCUAUGUUACUACUUAUCAGCUUAAUUGGGAGACAAUGUCAUACUCAACUAACAACGGAGAGUGCGAAUCAUGUUACAGCAAAAGCUUGAUACCUGUAAUCAGUCCCGACCUAGAAGACGUCUAUGAUUACCAGGAGGUUAAAAUUCAAGAGCAAUCUAAGGGUGAAAUUGAAAGCUCAUUCAAUGUUGGCAUGCAAGUGGUGUUGCUUGAUGAUUUAAUUGAUAAGUGUAAACCUGGUGAUGAUGUUGAAAUAAGUGGUGUUAUCACAAGAAGAUGGGGCCAGCUUGAGGAAGGCAGAAGAAUGGAACACACUACAAUUAUGAUCGCGAAUAAUGUUAACGUACUUCACAAAGUUAUAAAUUCAGAUUACAAACAGGCUGAAGUAAGAGAAAUAUUUGACAAUUAUUGGAAGAUUUAUGAAAACGAUCCUUUGGUUGGUCGGAAUAAAAUUUUAGCAUCUAUUUGCCCUCAACUCUAUGGAAUGUUCACUGUAAAAUUAUCACUGGCAAUUGUUUUAGCUGGUGGUGUUCCUCGGCUAAAUCAAACAGGCGUAAGAAUACGUGGUGAGCCGCACCUUCUGAUGAUCGGCGACCCUGGAACGGGUAAAUCUCAAAUCCUACGUGCAGCAGCUAAAUUAGCCACGAGAUCAGUUUCUACCACGGGAAUAGGCACAACAGCUGCUGGAUUGACAGCAGCAGCGGUGAAAGAUUCUGACGGAUGGCACUUGGAAGCCGGUGCGCUGGUACUCGCUGAUAAAGGAGUCUGCUGUGUGGACGAGUUCUCCACGAUGAGCGCAAAUGAUCGAGCAUCAAUGCACGAGGCGAUGGAGCAGCAGACAAUAUCCAUAGCCAAGGGCGGACUUGUUAGCACUUUAAACACUCGUUGCUCUCUUGUGGCAGCCAUGAAUCCUGUUGGUGGAAAAAUUGUCCCAGAUGAAGAAGUUAAGACUCGCAUUGGUGGCCCUUUGCUGUCGCGUUUUGAUAUUAUUCUCUAUCUGCAGGAUAAUAAUAACAAAGAUUGGGAUGAAUUGACCACUGGGCAUAUUGUUGACAGAAAAUGUGAAGACGAAAUUAAUUCAACUAAAAGAAGUGCAAAAAAUCCAAUGGUUCUAUUAAAAUCAGAAAACUUGUGGAAGAAUGAAAGUCUGAGAGAAUAUUUUGCAUACGUCCAUUCAUUCGAUCCUGUGAUAUCUCCAGAAGCAGAUCAAAUAUUGAGGGCUGUGUUUUUAUAUUUGAGAUCUGAUGCAAGCAGAUAUGAGGACAGGACAACUGUUAGACUUUUUGAUAGUCUUCUCAGGUUAGCAGAAGGACAUGCAAGACUGAUGUACAAAAAAACUGUUGAUGUCCAGGAUGCAAUCGUUGCUGCCCAACUUGUGGGAGUUGUACCGAUGAAAAUGGACUCCGGUUGUCCGUUUCCUGAAGAUCCGCAAGCGGUUUUUGAAGAAGAGGCUGACGCAGUAUUAAAAUUAUUGAAUGCAGAAUAUUUGACUCCACCAAAAAGUCUUUAAUUUGUGAGUACUUAUUAAUACUAAGUGAUUAUUUUUAAUUAAUAAGAUUGUAAAUAUUCUCUAAAAAAACUU